UCCUCUGGAACAACCUAGAAACUAUUUCAUGUCUGGGACAAAGAAGCUGAUAGACUUGUGGAGACGGUUCUUAGGAAACCACCAACUUUGUGUGCUUUUUGUGUCAGAGAAUCAGAGAGUCAGAAAACAACACCGAAAAGAGUAUCUAGGAGGUAGGAUUCAAAUGCCCUGAGAUAUGGGCAGAGAUAAGCUUCCUGCACUUCAGAGACUUCUGACUCUGAAGUGCUUUGAUUGGCAGGAAAGCAGAUGGGGAAGAAAAGACAAAGUAAACAAUUUCAAGUUUUUUGUGUGUAGUUUCAGUUCAGAGUUAGAACAUUCACAGUGAAAGUAUAUCCUUUCAGACUGUAGAAGCUUAGGUGGGGCAAAGAGAAGGACAGAAGUAUAUCUGAGUUGGGAAUGAGUCUGAGAAGCUAAAACGGUAAAGAUGCUUCCAGAAGCAGGGACACUUCUUGACUGGUUUUAAUCCUCCUUAGUGAAAUAUUAGUGAUUUACUUCAGCUCCAACCUGAGGGAGCUCUGGUGGAGAGGGCAUAGGACGAACGCCCCCAGCUGCUCCCAAGAUGCAAACUAGGGGAUGAGCACAGCCGGGGAGAUGGCCUUGACCAAAAGGGGGUGAGGCCAAGAGGCCAUGGUAAACAGGAAGCCCUUAACCAAGACACAUACCGGGAAAGAAGAGUCAGAGCGAGCAGGGCGCUCACAUCUCAAGAUAAAGAAGACACUGCUGAUAGGAUCUGAGAGGAAGGAAACAGUGCAUCGUGCUGGGGCUCUCAAUGUGACAUUAUAAAUUGUCUUUCUGUAGACUGGCCUCCCAAACAGGUUCCAGAGAUGGAUUACCUUACUUUCCUCUUGGCUAUUCUUUAUGUAUACAAAGCUGGAUGUGAACAGAUAUUUUGGGACACAACUGUUAAACUUGCUAAGAAUAUGGCCCUAGAAUGUGUGUAUCCAUCAAAGGACACUUUAACCCAGAUGGAGUGGUUCAAGAUCAAGACACUGGAGAGAGAGUCCAUAGCCAUUUUCAACCCUACUUACCGUGUGAUCAUAAGAGAGCCGUACGUUGAUAGGGUUUACUUUUCCAAUUCAACCACGGCCUCUAACGAUAUGACCUUGUCCUUCCAUAAUGCCUCUGAGGUGGACAUUGGCUUCUAUUCCUGCUUUCUUCAUACUUUCCCACAUGGAACCUGGGAAAAGGUGAUACAGGUGGUUCCAUCAGACGGUUUUGAGACAGCUGUGCCAUCAAAUAGCCAGACAGUCUCAGAACCUGGAAAAAAUGUCACACUCACCUGCCAGCCUCAAGCGAAAUGGCUGUUACAAGAAGUUACAUGGGAGAAGAUCCAGCCCCAUCAGAUUGACCUCUUAACUAGCUGCAACUUGUCCCAAGGAAGAAGUUACACUUCAAAGUACCCAAGACAGAUACUGAGCAACUGUACCCAGGGAAUGAGGAGGGCCUUCAUCACCAUGCCCCACAUUAGGACCUCUGACUCAGGACUCUACCGCUGUGGCUUCAAAGCCAGCACAGGAGAAACUGAAACCUUCGCGAUGAAACUGAUCGUAACCGAUGGUAAAACCAAUAACCAGUCCAUCCUCUUCGUGGCCUCAGGGACAGCUUUGUUGUUGCUGUUGAUUAUCCUAAUUACCACCGUCAUUGCCAUUCCUUAUAAGAGAAGGAGAAGGAGACAGAAAAGAGGCCUAUUUAAAGAGUACUGGGACACACAGAAUAGGGCAACCAACAACUACAGAAGUCCUGUCCCUGCCAAUCAACCUUCAGAUGGUGCAGGAGAGGAUAUUUAUGUCAACUACCCAACCUUCUCUCGUAGACCAAAGACUAGAGUCUAAGCUUUUCCCUUAAUCUGAGCAUAUUAAUGAUGACUGUUAUGCACAUGGAUCUUUAUACCAUUUCUUCCCACUAUUUAGUGUCUACCUUGGAUACUAGUUGACCAAAUUUAUUUCAUUUGACAGGAAAAAUACUGCCUUAACUAGAGAGCAUUCUUAACAGAAAUGUUUUAGAAAACCUGACUCUAAUUAGCUUACACAUAAGAGGAAACUUAUUGAAUCCUGUAAUGGAACAAUGAAGGGGAGAUCAAGCUUCAGGCAAGGGUUAUUUACCAGGGCUUAAAUAUCAUGUCUAGAAUUAAGUACGGAUAUAAGACAGUUUCUGUGUGCCCUUUCACAGUGCUGGAUCCACUUCCUUGGUGUUAGCCUAACUCUCAUUCAGGCUUUACCCUUGUGUUUCCAAGAUGACUGCCAACAACUCCUGGCAAUUCAUAAUCCUUGUUUCUGUCUGGUAAAGAGUUUGCUCUGAUAGAGCAAACACAUUUGGUUACUUGUCCAUCAUAAAACAGUCAUUAUGACCAGAAAGGACGAAAUGGCUUAAGUCAGUUAAGGGCUCACCUCUAGAGCUAGGUAGGAGGGGGACCAAAGCACACUACUGGGAAAUUCAGAGUUUUAUUAGAAGAAGUAAAGGGGAGCCUGGAAGAUGGGCUGGUUGCCAACAAAUGCGGACUCUAAUGACCUUCCAAGACAUCUUCUGUUAGCCAGCUAAAAAGAGUAGGAGGGCAGGUCUAGGUUAGCUCUCUCCCUCUUCCCACUUCUAGAACCUACUCUGCCAGCUUGGUCCAAAAGAGUACUUGGCAGUAGAAUGACUAAAUGGUCAAGAGGAAGAUAAAUGUGGCAGGGAAAUCUCUUCCUUUGCUACUCUCAAAUAAAUUCAUUUCUGACUUCAUAUAGAAUUUCACUAUCCCUGGUUUAGCCUUAUGAGCAAGAGUAGUAGAUGAUCCAACAAUAACUUAAUUUUUUUAUAUUGAAGUUGUUAUACUUUUGAGAAUUAUUAUUAUUAUUUUAUUUUUUUUAUUUUUUUGCGGUACG